AUGGAUCCUUCUACUGGAGCAUUUCAAUCUUGUGCUUCAGAUGAGUGCUGUUUGCCCCUCACUAUCGCUCCACUCCGAGAUGCUAGUGCAAUAUCAUCCGGACAUGCUUCUGUGACUGAUGAUCAUAAUACUCCCCUACCAAAUCUUGAACACCCAACCCUGAACCCAAACAACUGCAUCAUAAUCAUACAGAACAACUGCAUUGCGGAGGGGGGAACUAUCAACAUAUUUUCAAGUCGCUGUAACGGUUCCACGACUACAGAGCCCACGCCCUUGCAGCCUCCGUCAGCGAGGCAGGCAGAGCCUGCGAAGCACGGUCAGGAAAGUAUCGUAUUAAGCGGCAACACGUUCGGCGAAUGUUGCAAUGUACCGAAAAUUCGGAGAGGGGCAAACCAUACGCACCUAAGCUUGGUGCCGGUCCGACACAUCGAGAUUGCCUCACAGAUAAUUGUAAUGAAUGGAUACUCACCAAAGGGCACCUGUGUCUUGGUGUACGAAGACACGGGGGAAAGAGAUACAUGCGAGAGAGCAUCAGACAAGUCCUCCCAAAGACCAGCGGGGGCUGGAGUCAGAUGUGGCGGGUGGAUGGGCAAGGAAAUCGAUGCGUGCCAAGCGAAGGAGGUAGAAUCCGGAAUCCCCAACUUGAAGACAGAGCCGCUGGGUUGA